AGCUACACCGGAGGAGAAAACCUCAGUUCUUGACACUAGGCUUACAUUUCCUGGGUUCCCUUUUUAGUUUCUAUCUCCUACCAUGACAUCAGCUCUCCACAGGAAAUUCCACUCCUUUUAGGUUCCUUCUUUCCCUCUGGGUCCUCCCGGAAACCCCUAUAAAAAGAGGGCCCACACCUGAGACAGAGGCACAGACCUGCAGAGUCUCCCAGCUAGUGCUCUGCUCCUCCAAGCCUUCUCUCCUCUCCAGACCAUGAAGGUCUCUGUGGUUGCCUUCUCCAUGCUCAUGGUCAUGGCUUUCAGCUCUCUGGCAUCCUCUGCACCAAUGGGCUCUGACCCUCCCACCUCCUGCUGCUUUUCCUAUGUGAACCAACAGAUCCAAAGAAAAUUUGUGACAGACUAUUAUGAGACCAGCAGCCUGUGUUCCCAGCCAGCUGUGGUGUUUCAGACCAAAAGAGGCCGACAGGUGUGUGCCAACCCCAGUGAUGCCUGGGUUCAGAGCUAUGUGGAAGACCUGGAGCUGAACUGAGGGGCUCAGUGGCCUUGGACGAUGACUCUUAAAGGGAAAUGGACCAACCUGUGGAAUUCCACAGUCAGAUGCAAUCUCCCCAAGCUCCAGCCUGCUGGAGAUCCUUUCCCCCAUUAGAAAUGAUUCUUAUCUGUGAGAUUUAAUUUAUGUAAAUUAUUUGGUGGCAGCUUUGGGUAUGUGUUCUUGGUAUUUGUACUUCUGGAAGACAACUGUUCCCCAUGGGAACUCUAUUAGCAGCCUGGCUUCUCUUGCUUACAGUCCUUUGGGUCCCCUGCUGCAUUCCAUGAAUAUCUGUAGCACAAAGA